UUUCCUAUUAAUUUUCUUCCAUCGAUCGUUGGUUUUACGAUUAUUUACAGGUUUACGAUUAUUUUGAUAAAUAUACUUUUCUUUGUGAAAUGUUUGACGAGGAAGCAGAUGAAAUAAAGGAAUUGGUGUUGAAUUUUUUCCCGUUUGAUAAUUCAGUGCAAAUUAUUGACGCUGCCAAAGGAAAGAACUUAGUUAAACGGGUUCAAGUACCUCCACUAAAACUGGAAAUGCUACAAAUCGGAAACAUCGUAAAUGUGUUUUCUAAACUAUUAUACAUCAGAGAUUGUGCGCCUGCAACUCGAAAAAUUCUUUAUCACAAUGAGCAAAGAAUGAUAAUAAAUUACGUUACAUCUGGCGAAGUAAUCGGAUUAGAGUUAGUUGCGCCAAACGCAGUCACAAAGUGGCGCGAAUGUUUGGGCACCACGGACCCAGUUACGGCAGCGCCUGGCACGCUGAGAAGACUUUAUGGAGAAGAUAAACUCAAAAACGUUGCCCAUGGCUGUGUUACCCUCGAAGAGGCCGCUGUGAUGAUCGACAAGUUUUUUGGUUAUGAAAAUAGAAUGCCGAGAGUCCCUUUCCGAGCAACGUUUAAGAACUGCACCUGCUGUAUAAUUAAGCCGCAUGUGAUAAUUGAUGGCAAUGUUGGAUCAAUCUUAGAACAAAUCGCGACGUCUACCAAAUUCUAUAUAUCGGCCAUAGCUAUGUUUUCAGUUAAACUAUCCAAUGCGCAAGAGUUUUAUGAAGUCUAUAAAGAUGUAUUGCCAGAGUAUAAGGAUAUGAGUAUUCAUUUAGCAGAAGGAAAAUGCAUUGCUUUGGAAGUGAAAUGUCACGAUGGCAGCCUAAAUUGUGUUUCCGAGUUCAGGAAAUUAUGUGGGCCUAGGGAUCCUGAUUUAUGCCGUCAGUUAUAUCCAGAAACCAUCAGAGCACUAUAUGGAAAAAAUAUAGUUCAUAAUGCUGUGCAUUGCACUGAUCUUACUGAAGACGGGGAGCUCGAAGUAGAAUACUUUUUCAAAUUGCUAGCCAACGACUUUUAAUUUAGAACAUGCACGUCGGUUUUGUGUUUGUUUGUGUUAAAAAUAAAUACCUAUCUAUGUAAAUGUAAUUUUUAAUAUGAAUAAUUUAAAGACUAAUUCCUCUAUGGUCGCCAUAAAUCUUAGACCAUUAAUAACGGUCUAAGCCAUAAAUACAUCCAGCCAGCUGUUGUCUAUGUGAUUAACCUAUAUCCAAUCUAAUAAUCUGUGUGUACAUAGGUGUACAUAGAUAUUUUUAAAAAUAUCGGAUUUUCGAUAUAUCGAU